AUGGCGUCAAACUAUCAAACUUUCCCACCAUCUUUAUUAACACCUGUUAAUCCUGCUAACUCACUAUCAGGUGCCCUGAUCAACAAUUCAUUUCCAAGUUUAGGUCAAACCUUCAAUUAUGCUAACAGUAACAAUAACAACAACACCAAUGGUAACAGUAACAACGGUAUGAAUGUGUCAGCUGAUCAAUCGAGCUCAUCGAUGCCCAUGGUAUAUCCAUCUACAUCUCGUAGUUUAGUCACUUUUGCACCGGAUAUGAAUGGCACGUCAUAUGACUACACUAAUCCCCCACAAGAAGUGACGGCUAAUUUACACGCUACACUUCAAACAAGUCAUCAUUCAAAUACCAAUGUCACAGCUUCACCGCUUCAUGAAAGCAUAGAAUGCGUUAAUGCUUCUGUGAAUUUUUGA